CAAGGCGCCGCGCACCACAGCCGCCCGGAGGCUGGGGCGCGCCGCCGGGGCGCCCCCCGGGGCCGCCGGCCCGGCGCCUUUGCCAGGGCCCUGCUUCAAGGGCCCCCGGAGGCCGAGAAUGGCGAACAGAUUCCCGUCGCCUUCUUGUUCGCAGCGCGAGGGGGGCCGGGAUCGUUGCCCCUCUCUUCGCCGCGCGGCAUGCCAUGGAGCCCCCGCCGGCCCGCCACCUGCUGGGGCUCGCCGCCCGGACGCCCGAGGCACUGCCGGGCUCGCCCGGGCCUGGCGGGCGGGUGCCCGGGCCGCGCCAGAUAGUGCUCCAGAGGCCCAGAGAGGCCGAGUGGCGCGCCGCGGAUGGCACCCCGCGCUCACCGCUGGUCGACGCCGAGAGGGCCCAGCCGCCUAGCAGCGCCCAGGCCGAGCGCGUGCUCAACUCGCUGUGGUCGAUGUUUGAUUUCGUCGCCUGCACCAGGCGCGGGCCCGGAGAGCGGGGCAUCGACCUCACGUUUGUCGGCGAGGGGCGGGGAGCGUACAAGAAGGUGGAGACGCUCGUCUUCGUGGGCGAGGGCAAGGGCAGCUUCGUGCCCCCCGGCGGCGAGGGCGGCGGCCCAGAGAGCGGCGGCCUGAGAGACGCCUGCCCGACGCCGACGUGCCCGCCAGACACCGUGUGCGGCCUGAGCAGGGGGGAGUUCAUCGUGAGGUUCUGUGCCGUCGUCAUCGUGGUGCUGCUCCUGCUGGGCGUCGUCUGCAUCGCGAUCUCCAUCGCAGGCGGAGGCCUGCUCAGGGAGCCCGAGCCCCUUGCGGCCAGCGCGGCCGCUCCAGAGGCGGCGAGCGUGCACGGGCGGCACGCUGCAGAGCGAAGGUAGCGCUGCGCUGCUUUCUUGCCGAGCUUCCACAGAGUAGGUACUUGUGUAAAUGCAUAUGUUGCCCCGAUGCGCUCUGCUCCUCCAGUUUGCUUUGCGGACGAGCAGCAGCGGAUCCGAAUAUCAUAUCUUGCAUGGAUUAGAUGCAUCAGGCUCAGCCCGUGUCGAGCAUGGUGCGCUAAAAGCGCUCCGUGACAUGAAGAGCAAAUGUGCCGGAUUUGGCACAUUGCAUCUUGCAGCACCAAUUCGUGCAUGGAGGAGGAUUUCAAGUCGUUGUGGAGGCUGCACGUGCUUCUCUGCGAUUCUGGCAGUGUUGGAAAGCCUCAGCCUACAUGCGUGAUUCUGCACAUGCGUGCGUACUUGGAGUGCGUUGCUGCAUGAUCCCACCAAUGUAGGGAAGUUCGUGUAAUCAAGACAGAAAGGUGAGACAGAUCUGGUUCGGAAGGGGUUCGCUGGUCCACAUGUCCUUGCAUAGCUGUUCCUCGAGCUCUGCCCGUGUACCCAGGUGCCCUUGCGGCC